GUUGUGCAUGCGAACAAAAUGGAAGACUACCUUCCUCCGGUUGAAAACAUAUCAGUGCCAACUCUCUUUCUACUUGCUGAAGAUGAUCAAUACCAGCCGUCAAAGGAACGCACGCUAGAGACUAUAUCUGCCAUGGAGGAGGCAGGAAAAGAUCACCUGGUGGAGACCUUUUCGUUAGAAGGUUCAGGACACCUUCUGGACGCUCCGUACAUGCCUAUCUGUACACAGUCCUCUAUCAAGUUUCCUACUGUACGAUAUCCCUAUUUCACUACCUGGGGAGGUACACCACACCUGUAUGCCCACUCUGUAGACAAAGCCUGGAAGAAAGUGCUAGAUUACUACAAGCAUCACCUCAACCCAAAAGAAACAUACAGAUGAAGCAUUCAAUAUGAUCAUGUGCAUCAUUCUGAAUAGAUAGUCAUUAGUGAAGUAAUUACAUUAAAGAACUUACAGAUGUGAAGGGAUAAAUACCAUGAGUUCAUGUAUUUGUCCAUCAUUCUGAAAUAGAUAAUAAUUUUUUAAAAAGUGAGAGAUGUGAACCGAUAAAUACCAAUGUUUCUUAGCUUCACAUUGUCAUUACUGGUAACUGGAUUAUGUUGCUUUUUUUUUUUUUUUACAAAACUAGUGUUUUGAUUUUACUUAUUGCGGCAAAAUUCCGAACUUUCACUAAGUAUAUACUUGCACAUAUAACAUAAACAUAUACACAUACAUGGACAUGUACGUGUACUACAUUGUACUAAAAAGGGCCAAUGUAUAUUUUAUUUCUGAUUUUUAUGAGAAUGAGAUAUUUUAAAUAAUUCUCUCUGAUCAGAAAUAUAGAGAGCAUCAAAUAAAGAACUUUAGAUAUGUCAGAAUUUGCAAUAUUUGUGUCGAUUUCAUGUAGAAUGAUUUAUAAUGUUUGUUAUUCUCUCGAAUAAAAAAAUGGAUAAUCAGAUUUACAUGACAAAUUUCAGUAUUUAUUUUAGCAUUUACGUUGUUCAAGUGGUGAUCAAGUGAGGACAGUUCACCAAAUCAGGAAUAGAGCUUUUGCGAGAAUGGGAGAUUUUUCUUUCAAAAUGAAUGGAAAUGUUGUUAAUAAAACUUCUAAGACUGAAUGUACAGUGGGCCCGUAUUGUACUAUGAAAACCCCACCCUGGGUUAUAAUACAUAACACAAAAAAAACUUAAGAUUUGUACGAACUUCCUUUGUUAAAUCUGAUUUUGAGCAAAAGCACAAACCCAACGUCGGGUUGAAAUGUUAGUACAAUACGGUCCCGCAGUACAUUUGUGGAAGUUCUUUAGAUCAAACUCUGUCUGAUUUAUUGGUAAAUAAAGUAUAAAAUAAUUUACUACCAUCUGAAAUGUGAGUAUGAUAUUUCAGGACAAUGAUAUUUCAUGAUUAUAUAUUUAGUCGGGUCAGUACAUAUACAUUGCAAUAUGUGGUAUAUUGUGCAAAUCCAAGCUACUUGUAUUUUUCUUUUAUGGUACAGAUCACCUGUCAAAUCUUUGUGUAAUAUUUACAAUAAAAGUAAGAGUAAUAAUGAUGAUAAUAAUAUGCCAUACUUACAAUAGUGCAUAUCACUAAUAUUGUCCCUAACCGCACGGUGAUAGAGAGACAAAAGAGAUCAAGUUAAAAAAUUCCAGAAGAAUGAGAUUCACUCAUCAUACUUCCUUAAUCAGUUAACAGUGGAAUUUUUGUCUGAAAGAAGUGUUUCAAGACAUGUUUUUUUAAUGUGCAUCUGAUGAAUAAAGUGGAUAACCCUAUACUGGAGUUUGGAUCAGACAAUAUAUUAAUAAUAGAUUCAACAAUGCUUCUGUAAUUAUGUAAAUUAAUGUUCAUAAUAUUUUGGAAAACUAAAGAGACUAAACACGUUGGAUUUUCCCAAACUACGUUCAUGGGAGUAUUAAAUGUAUUAACAGGACCAUUAUGUAAAACAGCCUGCGAGCUGAUCAAUGUUAGCCUGUUAAAAGAUGUUUUAAUAAAUAAAUAAAUAAAUAAAUAAAUAGAAUAACAACAUAGAGUAAGUACAAUGCAAUAUCAUCAGAUAAGUGAUACGAAAAUCAAACAUGUGAUGCAUUCAUUUUGGUAGCGUUGAACCUCGUUCCAAUAAAUGCUCAUGAUAAAAGGGCUAUUUUGCGAAACCCACUUCUCUGUAUUUUAUCACAGUACCUUCUGUGUUUUUGAGAUGUUUACUAUAGCGAGGUUCUUCUACAUUUACCUGCAUCAAUAGUGCUCAACUCUUAAAAUCCCUACAUACAUGUAUUUGCUUCUUUUCGUUUCAUUUCAUCAGUUCUUAUCAGUUAUCGCGUUUCCUUUUGAAAAGGAAUAAUGUAAUUUAUGAUUAUAUUUGUAAAUACACCAACAAUUGUAUUUUGUUAUAAAUAUAUGUUUGA